UGCACGAGAGGGGCGAAAAUGGCGCUGUCCACAGGCACAGCUCUCCUGCUCGCAGUUUGCUUCCUCGCUUGCUACGCGUCCGUCCCGUCCUUAGCUGCCUCCGGCGAGUUCCUCCAGUGCCUCUCGGGAAACAUCCCCAGCCAGCUCGUGUUCACGCCAAGCUCGCCGUCCUUUACUUCUGUCCUGGUGUCGUCAAUCAGGAACCCGAAGUUCUUCACCCCGACAACGGUGAGGCCGGUCUGCAUCGUGACGCCCACCAACGCGUCCCACGUCCAAGCCGCCGUGGUCUGCGGCCGCCGCCACGACGUGCGCGUCCGCGUGCGCAGCGGUGGGCACGACUACGAGGGCCUCUCGUACCGGUCCGAGCGCCCCGAGACGUUCGCCGUGGUCGACCUCGAAAACCUCCGCGCCGUGCGAGUCAACCGUCGCGCGGCCACCGCGUGGGUGGACUCCGGCGCAACUCUGGGGGAGCUGUACUACACCGUCGCCAAGGCGGCACCCGGUCUCGCGUUCCCGGCGGGUGUGUGCCCGACCAUCGGCGUGGGCGGCCACUUCAGCGGCGGCGGCAUGGGUAUGAUGAUGCGCAAGUACGGGCUCUCCGUCGACAACGUCCUCGACGCCACGCUGGUCGACGCAACAGGGCGGCUGCUGGACAAGAAAGCCAUGGGGAGGGACCUCUUCUGGGCCAUCCGCGGCGGCGGCGGCGGGAGCUUCGGCAUCGUGCUGUCAUGGAAGGUCAGACUCGUGCCGGUCCCACAGACAGUGACGUUCUUCAACAUCCAGAAGAGCGUCGACCAGGGUGCGGUCAAUGCCGUGACCAAAUGGCAAACGAUCGCGCCGGCCCUUCCAGAGGACCUCAGCAUACGGGUGAUCGUGCAGAGCAAGCAGGCUCUCUUCCAGUCCCUGUAUUUCGGCAACUGCAGCGCCAUCGUGCGGACCAUGAGCAGCCAGUUCCCUGAGCUCGGCAUGACACGCGCCGACUGCCGGGAGAUGAGCUGGCUGCAGUCCACGGUCAACAUCAACUCCGGCGACGCCAACAUCACCGUGGAGACGCUCCUCAACAGGACGACCAGCCUCAACACCUUCACCAAGAACAAGUCCGACUACGUCAAGCAGGCCAUCACGGAGGCCUCGUGGGAGAAGAUCUUCCCCUGGUUCAACAACGCGGGCGCCGGGAUCAUCAUCCUGGAGCCUCACGGUGGAAGUGUGGGCAGCAUCGCUGACGCCGAAACACCGUACCCUCACCGGAGCGGCGUCCUCUACAACAUCCAGUACGUCGCGUUCUGGACGGGCAACGGCACCGACUCGCCGAACUGGAUCAGGGGCCUGUACGACUUCAUGGAGCCGCUGGUGAGCAAGACCCCGAGGGGUGCGUACGUGAACUACCGGGACCUCGACAUUGGGGAGAACACGGUAAUCGGUGGCGUCACGAGCUAUGAAACCGGCAAGGUGUGGGGUGAGCAAUACUUCGGGGGAAACUUCAAAAGACUCGCCAUCACAAAGGGAAAGGUGGACGCCGACGACUACUUCAGGAACGAGCAGAGUGUGCCGCCACUUGUCUCGAGGAUGUAAAUAAGUACCUGGUUUAAAAUAGGGUAAUGCUAUG